AUGAACGACCAACCCUCGUGGCUGGCUGAGCCACGACGGCCGUCGCCGCAAUGGAUGGCGGCAUCGUCCUCUCCAUCGUCGUCGUCUUCGUCGUCACGGGUAGACGUCGAGGGACCGCGGCCCCCGCCGUUGAGCGUAUCCGAACGGCAACAUGGUGCGUCUCCGGAUACAACGACAAGGUCCUCGCGCCGGCGCCAUGGUAGGCACCACCUCCGCCACCAUCAAACCCGCCACAACCACCACCACCACCACUACCCUCCCUCUCACGAUCCUUCACCCACCACCACCAACACCAACACCAACACCAACACCACCACCAACGCCUCCCCCUCUCUCUCUUCCGUCUCCCCUCGGCCUAUGGAAGCGCUCGUCCGAAAUCUCGGCAAGCAAACACUUUGGUCAGGGGAAGAGGAGGGGGGGGCGGCAUCCGACGAGAGGCAAGAUGGCACGCCAGAGCACAGUCGCAUGGCCAUCGACGUCGACUCCGACCCCGACCCUGCUGACGCGCGCCAUUUGCUUCCCGUGCCUCGCAGCGUAGAGAUGAUGCGCCUACGCCGCAUGCACUCCCGUCGUGAACCGUCGCGGCCGACUCGUGUCCGGCAUGCCGGCCGCAGGCCUCAUCCGCCCCCCGCCGUGCGACGGGAGACGAUGCGGCCCAGCGUAGACCACGUCACCGAGGCUCUUCCGACCCCGUCGCACAACCAGCCGCCCAUCGAGGUCGAUCCGAUGGAGGACCCUACUUUCCCCGGACUGGAACCCGAUGAGGGCUUCGGCGACGGUCCCGACAACGUGUCCUGGCUUUCGGAUGGCCGCAUAUUGGUCGACAGCCAGUCCGACGUCCUCGGCGGCAACGGCAUCUUGCACUUCCGCUCCUCGGCCGAGACGGCCCUGCAAUGCUCCGUGGUUGUGCAGAAGCACGCGCGAAUGCGAAGGAGACGACAGAGGAAGCGUGAGACGGCCUCGCGCGCCUCAUCGGUCAUGCCUACCGACGACGGGACGUGA